CUGUCAUUCUCGAAAAAAAUGGUGAACUGCCGAGGCCAACCCGUUCCGCCAGUUCGGCCGUCGAGUGACAAACUCAACAACCGGCCAACGCGAACUGUGCAUCGCUCGGCAUCUCACAAGCAAAUUCCGGUCAAGUGGCCGAUGGCGAAGAAGCUCGAGCCGGGGCCUGGGCCUGCAUCGAUCGUCGCUAUGACGCUGGCGUCGGCAUCUCCGGAGGAUCUGUCGCCAUUGACGGCGUCGAAAUCGUCAUCGUCGAAGUCGUCGUCGUCUAGCUCGUCAUUAGGGCAUUCACGCCACAUUCCGCCGUACUUACGCCCGUACGAGGGUAAAUUCCAGAACCGAAGGGGGCAGUCGCUCUACUACUUUGCCCUCUUCCCACCAGAGCCGAUGCCUAUGCGGGGUGUCGUGCUGUGUCUACAUGGAAUUGGAGACCACUGCCGACGCUACAUUCCGCUGUACGAACGACUGUGCGAAGAAGGAUUCGGUGUCAUAUCGUACGACCUGCUGAACCACGGGGCCAGUGACCUCGACGCGCACAAGACGCGAGCACACAUCAGCAACUUCCGAUACCUCGUGGACGACACCAACGCGUUCAUCACGUUCGCGAAGAAAUCCAUCUAUUGCGACGCGCUCAAAUACUGGAGAGAGCACCACCAUCCGUACCACCCGCACGGCCGGCACAAAGACUACAAGGUCGCUCCCGAACUGCCAUUGAUCAUCGCCGGUACGUCUUUCGGGUCGCUAAUCGGUCUUCACACCGUCCUCACUGGACGACACAAGUUCCACGCCGGGAUCUGGGCCUCGCCGACGAUCAGCGUAACCUGGACGCCGCUACUGUGGGCCGAGUCGAAACUCGCUGUCCCGCUGGCUACGCUCUUUCCUAAAGCGAGGGUCGUGCCUGCAGUGCAACACGAGCUCCUAUGUCGAGAUCCUGGAUUCCUUGAUGACUUCGAAGCGGAUCCACUAACCAGCAUGGGCAUGCUGACCUCCCGGAGCGGCCACGAAUCGCUGCAGGCCAUGAUCAGACUCCAAGAAGACGAACGAGUCUCCAAUCCAGACAGCUCAUUCUGUGCAGUACCGAUGCUUUUCCUCGCAGGCUCAGCUGAUGGCAUAGCUGACCAACAGGCAGCUAUCAAGUUCUUCGCCUCGAUGGGGAAUCUGGACAAGGAGUUCAAGUUGUUUGACGGCCUCUUUCACCUCGUGUACGAGGACCCUGAAAAAGAGGAUGUGCUCAAAUACCUCGCGCAGUGGUUGCGACGGAGAUUCCCCGUUGAGACCCGACAAUAAAGUACACUACAUGCAAGGACAUGCAUCUCAAAAGUAAGGAGUAGUAAGAAAGUAUCUACAGUACAAUAGCAACAUCAGAAGACGGCAUGAUGGCUGUUCUUGCUCA